UCUUCCUGUUUUGCCGGGUUACCAAGCGGGCGGAGUGACAGUGACAGGGGAAAGGCAAAGGAUAAAGGGAAAGGAAAGGGUGGCAGUCAUUCGUGAAAGCAAACGAUUUCCCUGCUCGCUGGCAGUAUAAGGAAAGACAACAUAUGACAAAGGCCUAUUAAAAAAAGGCACUUGUCUUAAACGUUUUUAUUUUUUUUUAGCUUGUUAAUACAUAAGUAAUGGGGAGGCUAGCGGUGGUGCUGCUAAACUGUGGAAAAAAUUGAAUAAUCAUGGCUGAUAGUAGCACCAGAGGGAUGGAGAGAGGGAGAGGGAGGACUACGCCAGACUCUGGCUUGAGAACCUUUUACCCUCAGCACUAUUACCCAGCGCAAGGCAUAGAGAUACAGGAACUCGCGUCCAAGCGGGUCGAUAUCCAAAAGAAGAGGUUUUAUCUGGACGUGAAGCAAAGCGCCAGGGGGCGUUUUCUGAAAAUAGCAGAGGUCUGGAUAGGCAGAGGAAGACAAGACAAUAUCAGAAAGAGCAAACUGACGCUCUCCAUGUCCAUGGCUCCUGACUUGAGAUACUGCCUGGGAGAUUUCAUCGAGUAUUAUGCCCGCAUUGGGCUAAGAGGUGCCCAGGGGCAGAGGCAGGAUGAGCAUGGCAACAGCCAGAGUCACCAUCACCAGGACGCAAGGAGAAGGCAGCAACCUCUCCACACAGCUUCCUCCCUCACUGGUUCCCCCACUGUUUCCGAAGAGCACUCUCACAGUGUCCUAAAGAGUGACUUGAUUGAGAGAGACAACAGGAAGUACUACCUGGACUUGAAGGAGAAUCAGCGUGGCAGGUUCCUCCGGAUCAGGCAGACGGUGAGCAGAGGACAUGGGACUAUGGGAUACUACGGACAGGGCAUAGACCAGACCAUCGUCCUGCCAGCACAAGGACUGAUCGAAUUUAGGGAUGCCCUGUCCCAGCUGAUAGAGGACUAUGGGGAGGAAGACACAGAUAACCGCAGCCGAGGAAGAAACCACGAAGAGGUGCCAGAUCUUCCAGAGGGGGUCUCGUUCAGGGUGGACAACAAGAGGUUUUAUUUUGACUUGGGCUCCAACAGGUAUGGCAUUUUCUUAAAGAUAAGUGAGGUGAGGCAGCCCUACCGGAACACAAUCACUGUCCCCUUGAAGGCCUGGUCCAGGUUCGGAGAUAACUUCACCAGGUACGAAGAUGAGAUGAGAAGGAUCUUCAACUGCCAGAAGGAGAAGAGGUCAGAUCCCCGAGGAGACAGUGGGGAAGAACAGGAUGAUUGACCAUUGCGUACAAUGUGGUAAUGGGUAACCUAUCAACAAAAACAACAACCCAAAUGAGCUUACAUACAAAAACAAAAAGCUAAUUUUGACAAUAACAUAGUUUAUAUAUCUUGUUUUCUAGUACUGUACCUCUAAAAUACUGUACUGUAUGACUCUCGUCAACUAGCACUUUGAAAUGAGUUAACUGUUGGCCCUCAGUUUUUUCAUGAAUUUCUUGCACCAUCAUCAAGUGUGAAACAACAACAAAAAGCUAAUUUUGCAGGAAGCAGGAAAUAAAUGACUAUUGAACAACUGGUUUUAGCACAAAUAAUAAUAAUAAUAAUAAUAAUAAUAAUAAUAAUAAUAAUAAUAAUAAGAAUAAUAAUACGUCCACUAUCUUAUUGUGGUAUUUACAGUAAGGUUUCUGAUACUUUUAAAGGAGUUUGUUUGGUGUUGGUUGCCUGGCAGAACACAACAGUGGAAAAAAUACAGGGUGAUACAUUACAAAAGUAUCCUCUAUAUGCUAAAGACGUCAACACCAUCCCCUCCCAUCAUUCAAGUUAACCAGAACUUUGAAACAGUUUUACUGCAGUUUGAACUGCCGCAUAAGGAUAAUUGGUCAAGAAAUGUUUGGAGACACAUGAGAGAUGGAAAGUAGGAUAACUUAUUGAAUUGGCAAAACAAAAAAAGGGUUACAAGCUACAGUUGCAGGCCCUGGGGAAGGUCCAAAAUCAUUCUAUCCAUCUCAGACUGAAUAUCGGAUAUCUAUUCGGGCAUUUAACUAAUUGCAUUCCACAAAUAUGAAUAAAAAUGCAUUUCUUUGCAGCAAUAGCAGCAUGAUGUCCUUCAGGGUUGGGUUCUAAAUGUUUGGCUUUCGGUUCUUCUGUAAUCAGUUAUGAAGGGUGAUUUCUGCUGGUGUUGUUUUAGGUCAUUGUUUACUACAGAGUGAUACCUGCAAGAUGAUUGUGCUUUACUGUAGAUCCAGGGAGCAUUCUCUAAUGUUUUAAUCUAAAAGGUGAGUAACACUGCUAUACUGAUUUCAAGUUCACAGUGCGGGAUUGAAAAACACAGCCACUCAUUUAUAACAUAAAGCCUUUGUUAUAACAAGAUAUAAAAUGCUGUACAAAAACAGGGCAGUUUUUUCAUUGGAGAGUGACUCGGUUAACCACCACCUUUAUAUAUAUUGAAAAUGUAUAAUGGAUGUGCUUAAUAGCUCUCAGA